AUGUACCUUACUGUUUUUAUAUCUAUCUAUUUAUCUAUCUAUCUAUCUCAGUCUUUUUUUAUAUCUAUCUCAGUCUGUUUUUAUAUCUAUCUCAGUCUGUUCAUAUCUAUCUAUCUAUCUCAGUUCUGUUCAUAUCUAUCUGAGAGUGUUUUUCUAUCUAUCUUUUAUAUCUAUCUGUCUUUCUAUCUCAGUCUGUUCAUGUCUAUCUCUAUUUUUAUAUCUAUCUCAGUAUGUUUUUAUAUUUUAUAUGUAUCUUACUGUGUUUUUAUAUCUAUCUAUCUAUCUAUCUAUCUCAGCCUGUUCAUUAUCUAUGUCAGUCUCUUCAUAUCUAUUUAUCUAUCUAUAUAUCUGUCUGUCCCAGUCUGUUCAUACCUACUCUCUCUCUCUAUCUAUCUAUCUAUCUAUCUCAGUCUUUUCAUUAUCUAUCUAUCUAUCUAUCUAUCUAUCUAUCUCAGUCUUUUCAAUAUCUAUCUAUCUAUCUAUCUCAUCUUUUUCAUUAUCAUCUAUCUAUCUAUCAGUCUUUUUAUCUAUCUAUCUAUCUAUCUAUCUCAGUCUUUUCAUUAUCUAUCUAUCUAUCUCAGUCUUUUCAUUAUCUAUCUAUCUAUCUCAGUCUUUUCAUUAUCUAUCUCUCUCUCUAUCUAUCUAUCUAUCUCAGUCUUUUCAUUAUCUAUCUCUCUCUCUAUCUAUCUAUCUAUCUCAGUCUUUUCAUUAUCUAUCUCUCUCUCUAUCUAUCUAUCUCAGUCUUUUCAUUAUCUAUCUAUCUAUCUAUCUAUCUCUCUCUCUAUCUAUCUCAGUCUUUUCAUUAUCUAUCUAUCUAUCUAUCUAUCUCAGUCUUUUCAUUAUCUAUCUAUCUAUCUAUCUAUCUAUCUAUCUAUCUAUCUAUAUAUCUCAGUCUUCGACAUUUCUUUUUCUGGCUAUAUGUCUCCUCCUUCUAAAACAUCUACUUCUUUUUUUUCCUCCCCUUCUCUUUCCACUUAUACUAUUCUCUUCUUCUCAUCCUCCUCCACCUCCCAAAUCAUUCACUUUCUUUUCCUCCCCCUUUCCCAAACCAUUCUCUUUCUCUUGUUUCCUCUCCUCCUCCUCCUUCCAAAACAUUCACUUUCUUUUCUUCCCUUUCUCCUCCUGCUCACAAACUAUUCUCUUCCUUUCAUUUCGUCUCUGCCUCCUCCUCCUCCUCCUCCCAAACUAUUCACUUUCUUUCGUUUCCUCUCACCAUUCACUUUCUUUUCCCCUCUCUCUUUCUCAAAUUAUUCUCUUCCUCUCAUUUCUUCUCCUCCUACCUCCAUAGCAUUCUCUUUCUUAUCGUCUCCUUUUCACUCUUCUUCUCAAACUGUCUUCCUCUUGCUUGUCCUAAAUCACUUUCUCCCACUCCUUCCAAAUCACUUUCUCCCACUCCUUCCAAAUCACAUUCUCCCACUCCUUCCAAAUCACAUUCUCCCACUCUUUCCAAAUCACUUUCUCCCACUCCUUCUCAACUAUUCUAUUCUCUUUUUUUUCCCCCCACUUACUUCUACCUCCUCCUCUCUUCUUUUGUUUCUUUCUUUCAUUGUGUAUUUUAAUAUUAUUCUUUUCUCCCUCUACCUUCUUUAUCCACUUUCCCUUACCUCUCACUCAUUUCCCACCCCAUAA